AUGGACUUCCACUUCGGCACGCCCUCUCGGCUCGAGAGGCAGAUCGCACAAGACCUGAUGCAGGAUCAGUCCGAGCUCGAUCUCUCCCUGCCAGGCGGCGCGGCAGCUGCCAACGGCAGCAUGUCGACCUCUACCCGACACCCUCUGACCAGCUACACCAACAACCACGCUUCGUACUCGCGUGCAUCUGCUUCGUCGGCCGGAUCCUUCCGCGACGACCCCAGCUUCGAUAUCUCAAACAACCCUGGCCCUCUCAAGGAGGCACAGAAGCCACCGCCAUCUCUCGCUGCAGCCGUAGCGAGAUCUCACAACCCGCAGCAGAGCCCUGUCCAGGCUAAAGAGAAUGUCCAGCCUCGUCCGGGCUCUUCGCAGUCGUCGUCCGCCUCGUCGUCGGCAGGGCCUAGAGCAAAACACGGCUCGGCGCCGCCAGUCGAGGAAGAGCCCGAGCAUGGCAUUCCGCCAUUCUCAGCGUCCUCGUCGAUCUCUAUGGACCAGAACGCCGACAACUCCCGGACGCAUCAGUUUCCCGAUCCGUACGGCCACCUCCGGGCGCCUUCUCCGCCUCUGACCUCGACGCCACAGAGAGCGGGCCCCGCAUCGACUGUCGGCUCACGCUCACGCACCACCAUGACGAUCCGCCAGGCCCACUUCGGCGACGCGGGCGGACGGAGUGUCAGCCGGAGUCGGGGCACCGCAUUCGACAGCACAUUGGGCUCAACCACGCAGGGCGCAAAGUCGCUGCGUUCCGCGUCGUCAGCGCUCGAGGAUCUGACUGAGAGCUCCAUUGCCUCCGAGGACAGGGACGUCGAUCAGGACGCGGCCGCGACGGAUGGAGCCGAUGCCGUCUCAUCCAGACGUACGCCGGCGGCGGCCAGGGACUUUGUCGUUUACGACACUGUGUCGGCGGCGGCUCCCUCGGAGACAGAAGAGGGUUCGGCUGCCGAUGCCGACGCAGAUGCCGAGGUCCAGACGGGCACUAUGCACCUCUCAGAGAUCGAUCCUCAAACGCAAGACGGCACAACCGCGCCCGGGGUCGAUGUGCCUGAGUCGCCGCGGCAGCCCGAUCCUCGUGACAGCCCUCUCGCUGAGAGCUCCGGAAGCGACUGGAGGAGGCGAAGGGAGGCGCGGAGGCAGCUGGGCGAUGUCAACGAUGAGUCCAUGAUCGACGACGAGGAGGAAGACGCGACCCGAGCGCUAGCCGCAUCGCACACAGACACGCAACCAACGACGGCAGAGGCGAUGGGUGCAUCGGGGUCCACUGCCCAAGACGACUCGUCGUCAAUGCCGCCGCCGCCGCCUUCGAUCGACACCAGCGGUCAGACUGGGGCCGACGUCGAUGGCGAGAGGAGCGCCACCACCUUUUCCAGCCCAGCCGCAGCGCGACUGGCUCGUCAGGCCGACCGAGUGGUGCUUGGCAAGAGCAGGCUGGGGCGGGAGCUCGAUGCAGGCGUCACGCCAUCUCGUGUCCCUCCUCACGAAGGCUCGUCGCGCCCAGGCACGGGUGAAGACGUCGAUGCGGGGGCCGUCAAUGGGGCAGCGACACCCCGAGCACAGACGAGCGCCGCCGACCACGAGAAGAUGAAGGCGUAUCUGCUCAAUAGCGUCAAGGCGACUGCGACCAUCGGGAGCAGCCGGAAGGAUACGCGCAUCCGCACCCUCGAGCGGCUGCAGGCCCAGGCCAUCCUGAGCCAAACGCCGGCCCGCGUCCCUGAGGAGACCCCGCAAGGUGACGAUGAGACCUCGCCAUCAAGCGCCGACGCCAUCACGCCCAGGCACCGGAUGGACAGGCUCGGCAAAGCCAACACGUUUGCGGCCGGGCGGACGCCUUUGCCAAAGGGCGGCAUCGCUGAACUGCUGCGUCGGGGAGCUUUGUCGCGCCUGGGCGACACCAGUGACCGCUCCGGCAGCAUGCAGAGCCAGGUCUCGCCUUAUGCUGCGUACGACGGCUCGUCGCGCGGCGGCCAGGACAACCAGACCAUCCUCGAGUCGCUCGCCGGCCUGUCCGAGGCGUCCUCGAACGACCUGACAGCCCCACCUCAGACAUCCGUUCAUGGACCUUUAGGCCUUCGUGCCAACACCUCCUUCCCCGGCCUCGGCGCGGCCGAGGUAGGCACGGAUGCCAACGCGGCGGCGCGCCCUCGCGUCGACCCUUCGCGGCUGGCCGUCUACCAGAGCAAACUCAACGCCAGACUCGAUGCGGAGAACGACGAGCUGAAGAGGGAGCGCGACGAGCUUUCGCGGCAGCUCGAGGAGCUUCGCAGGCAGAACGGAGAGCUGCGCCGCGGAUCCACUUCUGAAAGCGUCUCCACCGACAUGAAAGCUGCCGGCUCUCCUUUGCCUGGAGCUCAGAACAACGCCGCGGAGGAUCUCCUCGCCGAGCGAGAACGCGCCAAUGCGCUUGACAAGGAGGCUCAGGAGCUUGCCGAUCUGCUGGACGAGCGCGAGCGUGAGAUCGAGACGCUCCACGCCGAGCUCGAGCAGGUCCGCAACGGAGCCGAUUCCGCCGACGCCCAGGGCGAUCGGGACCCUGCUGGCGACGAGAGGAGCGGACGGUCACAAGCAUCGAACGACGGCGAGACCGCGCAGCUCCGCUUUGAGAUCGAGGAGCUGCAGGCCCAGCUCAAGGAAAGGGACGAGGACAUCAUGGACCUCGAGGACCGGCUCGAAGACGAGCGCAAGCAGUUUGAGCAACAGGUCCAGCAAGCUAAAGCCUACUCGUUUGAGACCCUCGAGAAGGUCGAGGCCGCUCGGGACGAGGCGCUCGAUCGUGCCGACCGGCUCGAGAACGAGCUCGAGGAGUCACGCCAGGCCUGCGAUCGCCUGCGCGCCGAACUCGACUCCCAGCAGGCCAGGGCAGAGGGCAGGGACUCGGCAGAGACCGAGAACGUCGAGCUCCGGCAGCAAGUGUCUAGUCUCUCGCGCAAGGCCCAGCAGCUCGAGCGGGAGGUCGAGACUGCACGCUCCGAGAGCAAGGAAGCGUCGGAUCGCGCCAGCGAGCACGCUGAGCGUGUGCAGGCGCUCGAGAGGCAGGUCGAAGCCUGGAAGGCCGAGGUGGCUGACCUCGAAGCUGAUCUCGAAGAGGAGCGACAUCGGGCGGAGCGGGCGGACGACGAGCUAGCCGCGUUGCGAGCCGAGGAGCAAGACCCCGACGCCACCGCCAAGCGGUCCGACCUCACCCGCAGCGUCGGCAGUCAGAGAUCUCGCUCGAGCGCCGACAGACGAGCGGCAUCGCUUGAGAGGCAGCUCACCUCGGCCCGAGAAACGAUCGAGCAGCUUCAGUCCCAGAUCGAAGGCCGAGCGUCUUCGCCCACGUCCGAGGCCGACAACGUCCGCGCCAAAGAUCUCGAAGUACAGCUGCUCAAGAAGCAGAAGAGCGAGCUUCAGCUCCGCGUCGACGAAUACCGCAAGAUGAUCAGCGCCGGCGUCGGCAGUAGCUUGGCCCUCCUCUCGCAGCAGCAGCAAGAACAGGACCAGGAGAUGGCCCGAUCCGGCGACAAAGGAUCGAAGCUCUCGCCAACGACGCCGGGAGGCCGGUCGCCUCUCCCCAAGUCGGUCCUGAAUCUCCGCCACAUCAGCCCGAUGAAGACGCCGAGGUCGCCCGCCCCGCUCAGCGAGGCAUCGUGGCUGUACAACGAGUCCAGCCUUGGCGGUGCAGGUGUUGCAGAGAGGAUCGCCUUCCUUGAGUCGGCGCUGGACGAGGCCAACGCCUCGAUCGAUGCCAAGCUGCAGAAGCUCGACAGCGCCGGCGUGGCCCACCUCACGUUGGCGGAACGCCUAGAACGCGCCAACCAGAGGAUCGCCGAGCUCGAGGCGGAGCUGGAGCGUCUGAGGAUGCGAGCGAGUGCGGCGGCUGGAGCUGCCGGCAGCUCCAGCUUCUCGGUCAGCGACAGCCCCAACAAGAGCACUCGCAGUGCGGUGCAGCGGCAGAGGGUGUUUGCCGACGUCCACGCGCAGCUCGAGGCACUCAAGAGCCGAUGGGCCAGCGACCACGACCAGCUCAAGACGCGCGAGGCCGAGGUGGAGCGCCGCGAGCACGAGCUCGCCGACCGCAGCCGCGAGAGGCGCGAGUAUCGCGGCGUCCUCGCCGAGCUGGACCGGUUCCGGACGGCGGCCGCCUCGCUGCAAGAUGACCUGCACGCCGAACAGGUGCGCCAGCGCGAGAUGCUGGCCAAGUCCAAGGCCACGUCGCAGGAGAAGGCCGACAUCGAGACGAGGCUGAUGAGCACGCAGAGCGAGCUCGACGCCGUCAAGCGGAAGCUGCAGGACAAGAUGGGCGGCCUCGAGAGCCUCAGUCGGCAGCUCUUCGACAAGUCGACCCGAUCGGAUGGCUCGGAUCCCCGGAGCCGGUCCGGCAUGCAGGCGCAGGUCGAUGCGCUGUCGCAGCAGGUCGAGUCGGCCCAGGCGCAGGUCGAGGAGCUCAGGCAGGAACGCCACGACCUCCUCUCGCAGCGCGCCGAUCUGCACGCCAAGUUCGCCAAGGUCAACGAGCGGUACGAGUCGGUCGCGGCCGACCUCGCCGUGUCGAGGCAGGCGCUCGCAGCGCACCAGGCUCAGCUCGACGAGCAGAUUGAGCAGAUGGAGGCGACCCACGCCGCGCUGCGGAGCAAGCGGGCCGAGUACGCCGAAGUCGUCGGCGAUCGCGACAGGCUGCGAGCCGAGCGCGACGACAUUGUGCGCGAUGUUGGGCGCUUCGAGAGCGAGCUGCGCAGGGUCAGGCGCGAAGCCGACAGGCAGGGCAGCGACCUCGAGGCGCUGCGGGCCGAGCGCGAGCGCGCCCAGCGGAAGCGCGAGAAGGACGACGAGGACAAGGAGCGGCAGCGCGCGAGGGACUUGCAGCAGGUGCAGGAGCUCGUCCGGCAGCUCAAGCUCAAGACCAAGGAGGUCGAGGACGUCAAGGCCAAGCUCGAAGAAGCCGACCGCAUCAGAUCCGCCGCGCCACCGCCCUACGUCAGCUCGUCGCAUCAAGCCGCAGUGGCGCAGCAGCACCUCCUCGAGCUCCGGGCGCAGCACGCGCAGGAGUGCAAGGGGCUGAUGCUGCAGAUCCGCUACCUCAAGGCCAAGCUGACGCGCGAGAGCGACCUGCGCUCCGACCUCGCCCACCAGAAGACGUACAUCACCCUGCUGCUGCGCGGCCUGGUCGAGGUCGACGACGAGAUCGACAGCCUGCUACUCCACCUCCGCAUCGAGGGCGACGAGCGGCGGCGGCAGAGGGACGACAUGGUGGCGCGCUUCAACCCGGCCAGGAGGCGGUGGAACGUCGCCAUCAAGGCCGUCCGCGCUGGCGUGAGGAUGAGGAUGAUGGCGACAAAGUGGCAGAAGGCAUGCGAGAUGAAGAACUCGCUCGCCGACGCCCACCAGGCCGUCCGCCAGAGAAGAAAGGACGAGGCAGAGGCCAUGGCGCGAAAGGGCGCCGGCGAGGGCGACAAGCACGGCCACCUCGCUGCCCCUCGUGCUCGCCGUGCCCCCGCCAGCCAGCCCUCUGCCACCACUCGUCCUUGA